AUGGAUCCAGAGCAAACAUUUAUGAGGGUUCAAGGGAGAUUUUCUCAGAUAUUAACGCCAAGAGUGAGGGUAGCUUUGGAGUAUAUCUAUCUCUUUAUUGCCAUUACUUCCUUCUGUGUUCUUGUUACUAUGCAUGCCAAUUAUGUCCAACAGCCUGGAUGUUCGAGUGAGCUUUCUGGAAUCGAUUUAAAUGAAUUACAACUUAUUCAGAUUAAGAUAACCACUGCUGGCUUGUGGUCAAGAAAUGAGUCUGAAUCCUUUGUUGUAAAUAAACCUGAUUUGAAAACCGCAACUAAAAAUGCGGAAGUUGCAAAAGUUGAUGAUGAAGGGUUGAUGUUGCUGGAUGCCAAGUUUUGGUUGAACUGGUUUGAUUCUGGUGCUAGGAAGGGAAAAUCAGCAUUGAAGUUCUGGAAUACUGAUGGUGAUCUUAUUGAGCAGCAUGCAGAAAGCACAACCAAUGGUGAAAUCUCUAAGCCAAAUAUUGACAAUGUUGUUUCUAAAAGUGAGAAGGAGACACAAAAUGGUUUCUCUUUAUCAGCGAAACAGACAUUUAAAGCAGCUGUUGUUCAGUUUGGCAAAAAGUGGUACAGACGUUUAUAUUUCAUUUGGAGACAUGCAGUUCAGACCUUCGGAAGUUUCCAGAAGUUGUUGAAUAUGACAGGUUUAAAUCUAAAUCCUGAUGUCCCUAAAUGGUUGCGUAUACUGCACUUUAACAAGCUUAACUCAAUCACAGUGCACUGGCUUGAGAAAAGAAGUAAAGCACUUGAACCAACUUAUCUCUAUUCUUUGGAAAAGGGUUACUUCUUGUUGCCUGAAGCGGCAAAGUCUCAGCAUAACAUACGUACUAUUAAUAUUAGCAUAUCAGCUCGAAAUCCCUGUUUUGGGAACAGGUGGCAGCAGCUUCUCAUCAAUAGAUUUGUUGGGUAUGACACUAUUAUGAUGAAUAGUUUUUUGCAUCAGCCUGGUCAAGGUUAUCUUUAUAAUUUUCAGACCAAGGAGUUCUAUAAUCUUAGUUAUGCACAAGAAUUGCCAGAUGGUUCUACAAGACUUGGAGACUAUCUCGUCACCAAGUGUGGUGUGCUCAUGAUGUCUUUGUUCGUAUUUUUCACAACCACCAUGUCUGUAUCAUUUACACUGAGGGAAACUCAGACUCGCAUGCUUAAGUUCACAGUGCAGCUUCAACACCAUGCUCGACAUAGGCUUCCGACAUUUCAGUUGAUAUUUGUUCACGUAAUUGAAUCGCUUGUAUUUGUACCGAUUAUGAUUGGCAUCCUAUUUUUUCUGUUUGAGUUCUACGAUGAUCAACUAUUGGCUUUCAUGGUUCUAGUUCUUGUCUGGCUAUGUGAGCUAUUUAUACUGAUCAGUGUUCGGACACCAAUAUCAAUGAAGUUCUUUCCUCGCUUCUUUUCGCUCUAUUUUCUGGUUUUUCACAUUUAUUUCUUCUCCUAUGUAUAUGGUUUUUCAUAUUUGGCUCUAUCUACUGCCACAGCAUUCAUGCAGCACCUUAUUCUGUACUUCUGGAAUCGUUUCGAGGUACCAGCAGUUCAAAGGUUUAUGCAAAACAGGCGGUCUCAGCUUCAGCAGCAUCCAGACUUCCAUAUCACCUCCUCUACCAUACUUGCAUCUACUCUACACAUUAGAAGGUUGAACGCUCUAAAUCCAGGCCUAGCUAAUACGGAUCCUUCCUCUGGGCUAGGGUCAAGAACUGGAUCCAAUCGAGCAGUGCCGGCAAAUGGAGCUGGAGAAGCUGCUGGCCCUCAAGGACACUCAGGAAAUGACAACGUGAACCAGACUGACAGCCCUGUGCAUAUUCCCAGUCGACCUGUGCUGCCGAGAGCCGAAGCUGGUUCUAAUCCUGGGACUAUAAGUUCAUUCAACUCACUGUUGUUAUGGAUCUUGGGAGGUGCUUCAUCUGAGGGUCGCAAUUCAUUUUUUUCCAUGUUCCGGGAUGUGAGAGAACAAGAGCCGGUUUACACAGACUCGCCUAGGCAUGAAGAUCGUGCAACGCAAAACAUCCAAUAGCCUCAUGCAUGCUGGGUGGCACUCUUAAAAACAAUGGAGAUGAUACACGGUGUUAGUAUUAGAUGUUUGUAUAGCUAAUGUUCGAGUCAUCUAUACCAGAGAUGAACAUAACAUGCAUUCAUACGUAUAUGGUACAAAAUCAAAUAUUCUGAAAUCUGUAUAGUUAAAAACACUAAAAAUUCACCUAGGAAAACUUAAAAAGAAGAGAAUCUUGACAUUGAUGUCAAAAUAAGCCAACCCUGCUGUUUUUUUAAUGCAAUUUUUCUCUUUAAAGUAGUACAAUAAGUUUC